AAAAAAAAUCCGAUAGAUGAUCAUGAUGGAAACAAUUUGUCAAACGUAUCUAUGAAAGAAACGUGAAAAAUGGCAGGGAAUUUUUGGCAGAGUUCACAAUACCAACAAUGGUUGUUUGAUAAACAGGAUUUAAUGAGGGAAAGGCAACAGGAUUUAAAAAUUCUGAACUCGGAAGAGGAUUACCACAAAAUACUGAUAUUUUUUGCUAAUUUUAUACAGUCUUUGGGAGAACAGUUAAAACUUCGACAGCAAGUAAUAGCUACAGCUACUGUUUACUUCAAGAGAUUCUACGCAAGGAAUUCUCUCAAAUGCAUUGAUCCUUGGUUGAUGGCUCCCACAUGUGUGUUUCUAGCGUCAAAAGUGGAGGAAUUUGGUGUUAUAUCAAACAGUCGACUAAUGACGACUUGCCAGACAGUGGUAAAGAACAAGUUUUCCCAUGCCUAUCCCCAGGAAUACCCAUACAGAAUUAACAGUGUGUUGGAGUGUGAAUUCUUCCUGCUCGAAAUGAUGGAUUGUUGCCUGGUACUUUAUCAUCCAUACAGACCUUUAACAGAGUAUUUCAAAGAAUUGUCACAUGAAGACUCACUCUACCCCCUGGCUUGGAGGAUCAUAAAUGACAGUCUGAGGACAGAUGUUUGUCUUCUAUACCCACCCUAUCUCAUUGCUUUAGCUUGUCUACACAUUGCUAGUGUCAUACAACAGAAGGAUCUCAAACAGUGGCUGGCAGAAUGCAGUGUAGACAUGGAUAAGAUCUUGGAGAUAUCAAGGCAAAUACUGGCAUUGUAUGAAUUGUGGAAGAACUAUGAUGAAAAAAAGGAAAUAGCAGGGAUUCUUGAAAAAAUGCCAAAGUCAAGAACAACCCCUGCUUCACCUCAAGAAGUUACUGCCCAGCAACAGAAUAGUCAACAGAAUGUGGUAUAGAGACAAUUCUAAUGCAACAAAAGAAUAAUCAAUAAGAUGUGGUGUGGAGAUAAUUCUAAUGAAUCAGCAUCUAAUUAUCAACAAGAUGUGGUGUAGAGACUAUU